AUGUCUGCGGCGGUCUCGCUAGCUGUUGAAACAUCUGCGGAAAACAAUUUCAUUUUAAAUCACACAUUCAAUCUUUUUUCUCUGAUCUCAUUUGAACCGCUACCUGUUGAUAUUAUUGUCAAAUACAUUCAGGAACUUGAUCAAAACUGUGAUAAAGAGGAAAUUACUUUGGCCUUGAAAGAUUGUUCGCUUUUCCUUCUUAAUGAAACUGAAGAUUGCGAUGUCUGGUUACAUCGUGUUGUCCAUGAAGCAAUUAAAUUAUUUAGUGAUUGCAAAGAAACAGAAAAUAAAGACUAUCAUCCGAGUGGCAUUGCCAGUAAAAGAACGAAAGUUGACUUUGCCAGUAGAUUUAAAAAUGUCGUUCAACAUGUUGUAAGAGCAUUUCAUUUCAAAGGCAGGGAUGACAAAAUUAAAAAAGUUGAGGUUGCCAGAAGAGCUCAAAAUGUUCUAAAAGCACUUUUUCGUUUCGCAUACAGGGACAAUAAAAUCAAAAUCAUUCCACAUUUGAAAGAAUUUAAUACAGCAGUUGAAAAACUACUUCCUGAACAAGACUCGCUAUAUUCACUCAGCUUAGCCUUUGAAAAACUUGACAUUUAUGAAAUAUACCUGUUUUUUGGGAAAACUUUAAAUGCCUACUGCGAAUAUAAACUCGCUCUCAAAUUUCAUGAAACAAAUCUUGAGAUCUGGAGAGAUUCAGAAAACCACAUUUACAGGGCUCGCAUAUUUAACGAACUUGGCCUUUCAUACGCAAGAAUGGGCCAUUUCGACCAGGCUAAGGAUUAUUACCAACGAGCACUGGAAAUUGAAGAGAAACAGCUAGGUCCAGACCAUGUUGAUCUUGCAAAAUUUUAUAAUAACAUUGGUGGAGUGUAUUGUACAAAAGGUGACCUGAACCAGGCUAAGGAUUAUUACCAACGAGCACUGGAAAUUAAAGAUAAACAGCUAGGUCCAAACCAUGUUGAUGUUGCGGUUAAUUAUAAUAACAUUGGUUCAGUGUAUUACAAAAAAGGUGACCUGGACCAGGCUAAGGAUUAUUACCAACGAGCACUGGAAAUUCGAGCGACACAGCUAUGUCCAAACUAUGUUGAUGUUGCAGUUUCUUAUAACAACAUUGGCUUAGUGUAUUCUGAUAAAGGUGACCUGGACCAGGCUAAGGAUUAUUACCAACGAGCACUGGAAAUUCAAGAGAAACAGCUAGGUCCAAACCAUGUUGAUGUUGCAUUUUCUUAUAAUAACAUUGGUGGAGUGUAUUUUAAAAAAGGAGACCUGGACCAGGCUAAGGAUUAUUACCAACGAGCACUGGAAAUUGAAGAGAAACAGCUAGGUCCAAACCACGUUGAUGUUGCAGUUUCUUCUAACAACCUUGGCCUAGUGUAUUAUAAUAAAGGUGACCUGGACCAGGCUAAGGAUUAUUACCAACGAGCACUGGAAAUUCAAGAGAAACAGCUAGGUCGAAACCAUGUUGAUGUUGCAGUUUCUUAUAACAACCUUGGCCUAGUGUAUUAUAAAAAAGGUGACCUGGACCAGGCUAAGGAUUAUUACCAACAAGCACUGGAAAUUAAAGACAAACAGCUAAGUCCAAACCAUAUUGAUGUUGCAGUUUCUUAUAAUAACAUUGGUGGAGUGUAUUAUAAUAAAGGUGACCUGGACCAGGCUAAGGAUUAUUACCAACGAGCACUGCAAAUUCAAGAGAAACAGCUAGGUCCAAACCAUGUUGGUGUUGCAGUUUCUUAUAACAACCUUGGCCUAGUGUAUCAUAAAAAAGGUGACCUGGACCAGGCUAAGGUUUAUUACCAACAAGCACUGGAAAUUAAAGAGAAACUGCUAG